CAUUGCUCUAACAUCGGAGACAUCUCGAGACAAAUAAUAUGGAGAAAACGUUUUUGAUCCUUUUGAUUUCAAUAUAUUUAUGUAUCCAGUGUGUUCACUCUACUGACGAGAAAACUAAGAAAUUAAAUGCAGAAUGUAACAAAAAGUCCAAUGGUACUUGUGGACCAUGUGUAGGAAUCGAUGGGUGUUCCUACUGUGUGCCCACCAAGAAAUGUACUGCAACGGAUUUAGUCAAAGACACAUUUCAUGGAAAWUGCCCUGACAAUCAAUGGAAAGUUGGACAGUGUGUCUUUACAGGGAAAAUCUUAAUUAUUGUUUUGCCAUCUGUUGCCGGUGUCAUACUCAUUGCGUUGUGCUGUUGCAUCUACUGCUGUUGCUGUCGUAAGAAGAAAGGAGGUUCAAAAAAAGAAGAUAAGCAAGAUGCAAAAUACAGACGCAAAAGAGAAGAAAUUGAUAUGAAACAUGCUCAAAGGCGAGCUGAAAGACAGGUCAAGUAUGAUGAGAUUCGCAAGAAAUAUGGUUUGUACAAAAAUGGAGAAGGAGAAGAGGAUGGCCGGUACCAUCAGUUUUCCAAUGAAGCUUGAAAACAAGUUUGUCAUGGUAGACACAGUGCUUGAUCACAUUUUGAUGAACAAGACUCUCAUUUUGUACUUAACUCAAAUCUAUUCUAUUGCAAUGUAACUGUGAAUCCAUGGAUGUUUGCUCAAUUUAUAACUGUAGUCACAGAACAACAUGGCUUUAAUCUUUAUGUAAACAAGUAAUUCUCAGAGAUGUUAUAUGAAAAAAUGACUGUACAUAGUUUUCUGUAUUAUUAGUUAUAUCAGUUAAUUGGUGGAAGGGAAAUAUGAAAAAGAAUGCCUUGUUUUAAUAAAAUUUUGAACAACAAAUUACCUAAAGUGUUCUGCAAAGACUUUGCCCUCUUUUUGGAAAGCUCUGUUUUUGACUACAAUAUAUUGCUGGGCUGGUGACAUCAUUUGGCAUAUCUUUGAUUCACAGCUGUCACAAUAUAUAUAGUCAAAGAAUUAGGAUGAGCAUUUCUUUAAACGUUGUACCAGAGUGGUCAUUUUGUAGUGGCAUCAGUGGUUUUUGUGACAUAUUUUGAGUAAAUUUUCAGUGUUAUAGCUGUGGGUAUAGUAAGCUGAUACAUAGAGUAAUUACAAAACUGAAUAUUUAUUUUCUGAUUGCGCUACUUUGUACAAACUAUUUUAAUAUAGUAGAGUGGCUUAUAGUAGUGGCAAAAUUGGUAAUAAGUGACAUAUUGCAGUCUCUGCAGAUUUUCUUAAAUGUCUAAGACAAUUGUCUGUCAUAGAUUCCUUUCAUAAGGGUCUCACUGAUUGUCAAAUUAAAAAAAAAAAAAAAAAA